AUGAAUGAAACUCAUGGCGAAACUACACCAGUGUUCCAGAUCGUUGGUUCAUCACUCAAGGUGCCAACGCAGGAGGGGCCUGUUGUCCCUGAUUCUUACGAUGGGAGAGGAAAUGAUGAUCACACGGAGGAGGUUGUGUCCGGCUUUCGUCCCCAUAUAAUGAAUAGUUGCAAGACCUUAAUGAGGUUAUUGUGCCUAGCGAUGAUCAUGGUUAUGGGUGUCCGGAUUAUGAAGCCGGUUACAGUGUCUCGUAUGGACAAGAAGAAUAUGACAAUAACGUUUUCGUUAGUGAAUAUUGUAAAGCACUGCAAGAAUUCAUUUAGUCAACCAGAUUGGGAGGACUUUGUUUGUCGAUGGAAAACAGUGUGUGAUUCUGCUAACGAGGAGUUAUACGAUUAUAACCUCACCAACCUUCAUAGACACCUUCUCAAUCAACAACAUGUUUUUGAUUACCUGUGGGAUAACUGGUUAAACACAUCCCGCUAUAAAUUUGUAUCUGCAUGGACCAAUCAAACGCUAACAUUUUACAAAACUACGACAAAUAGAGCUGAAGGCGCACAUGCUGCAUUAAAGAAACAACUCACUACACCGAAGUGCAGUCUGGAAACCCUGGUGAAAAAGGUGGACACCUUGGAACGUAUUAUUCAGCUCGAUGGUAUAGACAUUUUCUGGAGAAAACAUGACCUGAAUCCAUCAACUUUUGAUGAUGAAGAGGUUGAUGUAGAAAAAGAAUUCGAAGAUGUGAAACAGAAAAUGUGUACCCAGCCCCCGCAACCAACAGCUCAAAAUUUCGAGAGCUCAAUCGUUACAAUCCACGACAAAAUCGAAAUCCCACUCAACUGCUCGAUGGGGAAUCACACUCAAACAUGCCCCAACAAUUAUUACCCAAAAAACUUCACAUUACAUGAUGAACAACAAUCAGGAAUCCCACACAUGUGUCCGGAUUUCUUCCGUUGGAUUCACGAAGAUCUACGGCCAUGGAGUGCGACUGGGAUAACCGAAGAAUCGGUCGAAAGGGCUAAAGGAGUGGCUGAUUUUCGAUUUGUAGUAUUAAACGGAACGGCUUAUAUUGAGCAUUAUAAGAAAUCUGUUGAUACAAGAGAUGUUUUCACAAUAUGGGGAUUGUUACAGUUGCUAAGAAGGUACCCCGGUAAGGUGCCCGAUUUGGAUAUUAUGUUCGAAUGCUUCGAUUUUCCACGGGUUCUAAAGAAGGACUACGGGCAGCUGAAUUCCGCGGUGGUUCCAUCACCGUUGUUUGGUUAUUGUGGCGAUGAUGAUUCGUUCGAUAUUGUUUUUCCGGAUUGGUCCUUUUGGGGAUGGGCCGAAAUAAAUAUAAAACCAUGGGAUUUAUUGUUGAAGGAUCUUGAAGAAGGCAACAAAAGGAUGGAGUGGAUAGACAGAGAGCCAUAUGCUUACUGGAAGGGAAAUCCAAAUGUUGCCCAACACAGGAAGGAUCUCCUUACAUGCAAUGUUUCCGACACAAACGACUGGAAUGCUCGUCUCUAUAUUCAGGACUGGGUUCAAGAAUCAAAACAGGGUUUCAAGGGAUCAAACUUGGCUGACCAAUGCACCCACAGAUUUAAAAUUUAUAUCGAGGGAUCGGCAUGGUCCGUGAGUGAGAAAUACAUUCUUGCGUGCGACUCGGUAACCUUAUUGGUCACACCCCAUUACUAUGAUUUCUUCACGAGAGGGUUGAUGCCCGGCCUCCAUUACUGGCCCGUUAGGAUGGAUGACAAGUGUAGAUCUAUAAAGUUUGCUGCUGAAUGGGGCAACAAUCACGAGCAACAGGCAAAAGCAAUGGGAAAGGCAGCAAGUAGUUUCAUUCAAGAAGAUAUGAAAAUGGAUCAUGUAUACGACUACAUGUUUCAUCUUUUAACCGCAUAUUCAAAGCUCAUGAAAUACAAGCCAACAGUACCUCCGAACGCAGUUGAACUUUGUUCAGAGACAAUGGCUUGCACUUCAGAAGGUUUUUCAAAGCAAUUCAUGGAGGAAUCUACUGUAAAAGGCCCUGCGGAUGCUAGCCCCUGCAUCAUGCAACCCCCUUAUGACCCGCAAACUCUCAACUCUAUACUUGAUACGAAACUCAACUCAAUUAAACAAGUUGAAAGUUGGGAAAAACAAUACUUUGAACAAAUGAACCAAGAGUAACGAUUUAGUUGGUUUUGGAGAGUAGAGUACGCGAUUUAUAUUGUAUAUAAACAAAGUGGCCCGUUACAGGAAAUAUCUAAUGCUAUGGCUUUCUUAUAGUU